AGUCAUAUUUGAUAUUUGUAACAUACCUACCUUUUUAGUAGCUCUUUCGCUCUUAAUUCGUUUGAAAUACGGUUGUUUCACCGUAAAACAUUAAAUAACUUAUUUUCCUCCUGGAACGUACAUAUUAACAACCUAAAUUUCACGACAAUCAUGACAACAUCGAUACCAAUGACCAAACCUAAGUGAUAUUUAGGAUCUCAUUCAAUGAAAUUAUUGCAAGAAUCAAUAGUGUAUAACGUGUGUAGACCUUGAGCUUUUAUUAAAGGUAAUUGGUUUGUAUUCCAGACUACAUAAUGUCGAAGGAAAAGUCAGAAAGUGUAAACGGCGAUAGUUCCACAGUUGCUGAACAAAACGGUGAAAAACGCAUAGGCUGUGCUCAUUACAAACGGCGAGCGAAGUUUGUGACUCCAUGCUGUAACAAAGUGUACAUCUGCCGUUACUGUCAUGAUGAAAACGAACAACACUAUUUCAAUAGGAAGACUGUUACAGAGCUGAUAUGCACCGAGUGUGACACAAGACAAAAGGUGCAGCCAGAAUGCCAGAACUGUGGAGUUAGGUUUGGAAAGUACACUUGUUUGAUCUGCAACCUGUUUGAUGAUGAAGAUAAGAAGCAGUAUCACUGCGACGGAUGCGGCAUAUGUCGUGUAGGAGGCCGCGAUAGGUUCUUCCAUUGUGAACGCUGCAACAUGUGCCUGCCUGUUCAGUUGCAAAGGGUCGGACAUAGGUGCGUAGAGAACGUGUCCCGGUCGAACUGUCCCGUGUGCCUGGAGGACAUCCACACGUCCCGCAUCCCGUGCCACAUCCCGGACUGCGGGCACCUGCUGCACCGGCCCUGCUUCGAGCAGCUGCUGCACUCCGGCCACUACGCGUGCCCCACGUGCCAGACGAGCAUGAUCGACAUGUCGAAUCUCUGGAAUUAUUUGGAUUCCGAAGUAGCGGCCACACCGAUGCCGUCCGAGUACGCCGACUACAAGGCCACGAUACUGUGCAAGGAUUGUCAUAAGCUGUCAACGGUGAAGUUUCACGUCGUAGGACUGAAAUGUCAACAUUGCGGAGCCUACAACACGUGUCAGACGAACGGGUUCCAUAAGGAGAGCGGGAGUACUGAAUCGGGAGACGCGUCAAGUUCAUCGUCGGCGUCGUCAGCGUCGUCAGCGCCGUCGCCCCGCGCCCCCCCGGCGCCGCACCACGACCUGCCCACCGCCAACCCACUGGACGAGCCGCCCCAGGCCUGACCCGCCCUCGCCACCCCCAGGACGAUCCGUCCCAACCCACAAGCAGCUCCUAGACGAUGUUCAUCUGCAUUUUUGUAUUCGUGUGCUAUACGUGAACAUAUGAGUCCUCGAUCCGCCUGGUGCUAAGCGGUUACCAUAGAAAGAAAGAAAGAAAUCAUUUUAUUCGCCAAGCAUAGUGAAAAUGAGUUAUUACAUAAAUUAAAAGCAGCGU